UUUCAACCACCUCACACUUUCAAUCCUCCGCGCAGCCGCAGGCGACGUUGUGCAAUUCUUCGACCCCUUCCGAGACUCGCCUUGAACUUUUUCCAUUACCACGAUCAAAACAAGCAGGGAUUCCGCUGUCUACCUUUCCGCGCCGGCUUCGAGAGCCGCAUCACACGAGCACGGUUGUCGCGGGUCAACAAUAGUAUCGCAGCCUUCUUCUCCUCGCCGCUUUUCUCCCAGCGACCAUGGCUGCCUUUGGAGAGGAGCUGUUGGGCGUCGUCAACAAACUGCAGGAUUUGGUCUUUAACACAAUUGGAAAUGAUUCCCUGGAUCUUCCUCAAAUCGUCGUGGUAGGCUCUCAAUCCUCUGGCAAAUCCUCCGUACUCGAGAACAUCGUCGGCAAAGACUUCCUCCCUCGCGGCAGCGGCAUCGUCACUCGAAGACCGCUCAUCCUCCAACUCAUCAACCUUCCCUCCGAGCGAUCCGACAAGCCUAGCGACCAUGAGGUACAUAUCCCACACACGCCCGAGUCCGUGGCAGGACAGGAUGAAUGGGGCGAGUUCAACCACAUGCCCGGGCGCAGGUUCUACGACUUUCAAGAGGUGAAGCGGGAGAUUGAGAGCGAGACGGCACGGAUAGCAGGCACAAACAAGGGCAUCAACAGACAACCGAUCAACCUCAAAAUCUACUCGCCGCAUGUGCUGAGUUUGACGCUGGUGGAUUUGCCAGGUCUGACGAAAGUGCCGAUUGGGGAUCAGCCGUCAGAUAUCGAGAAACAGACUCGGAAUUUGAUCUCGGAAUACAUUGCGAAGCCAAACAGCAUCAUCCUGGCCGUCUCUCCCGCAAAUGUGGACUUGGUCAACUCGGAAUCUCUCAAGCUUGCUCGACAAGUGGAUGCGACUGGCAAGCGUACGAUUGGCAUAUUGACAAAGUUGGAUCUGAUGGACCAUGGUACCAAUGCUUUGGAUAUUCUCUCUGGAAGAGUCUACCCGCUCAAACUCGGCUUUAUUGGAGUCGUGAACCGAUCACAACAGGACAUUCAAGGGAACAAGUCAAUGGCGGAUGCUAUUCAAGCUGAGCGCGAGUUCUUCCGCAUGCACCCAGCGUACCGGAAUAUUGCCUCGCGAUGCGGUACUCAAUUUCUCGCAAAGACACUUAAUACCACUCUCAUGACACAUAUCCGAGAGAGGCUACCAGAUAUCAAGGCCAGGCUCAACACUUUGAUGGGUCAAACACAACAAGAGCUUGCUUCUUACGGAACCGAUGCGUUCACUGGAAAAGAGCACCGUGGCUCGUUGAUUCUCCAGCUCAUGACCCGAUUCGCGACAUCCUUCAUCUCUUCUAUCGAUGGUACCUCAUCCGAGAUCAGUACCAAGGAACUUUGCGGUGGUGCACGAAUUUACUACAUCUUCAACUCCGUCUUUGGCAACAGCCUGGAAACAAUCGACCCGACUCAAAAUCUCUCUGCUUUGGACAUUCGAACGGCGAUUCGCAACUCGACUGGUCCUCGACCCUCAUUAUUCGUCCCUGAGCUUGCGUUCGAUCUUCUCGUGAAGCCACAGAUCAAGAUGCUUGAAAUCCCCAGUCAGAGAUGUGUUGAGCUUGUGUACGAAGAGCUUAUCAAGAUCUGCCACACCUGCGGCUCUACCGAGCUUUCACGCUACCCACGACUCCAAGGUCGACUCAUCGAGGUCGUUUCUGAGCUGCUUCGCGAGCGAUUAGGCCCUUCAUCGACCUACGUCGAGAGUCUGAUUUCUAUUCAGCGAGCAUACAUCAACACGAACCAUCCCAACUUCCUCGGUGCUGCAGCUGCCAUGAGCAGCGUCAUGCAAGACAAGCACGACCGCGAAAAGAAGGCUGCCGCAGCGGAGGAGAAGCGUAAGCGUGAUGCGCGGCGAAAGCAGGAGCUCAACGGUGUCAAUGGGACGGAAACUCCAGAGAACGAAGACGAGGAGCACAACACUGGAGUAUUGCCGAUCCGCUCUGCUGCAAAGACCCAGCAAACAAGGAGCAUGAGCCCGGCAGUCGGUCGCGACGGUCACCGACUCGGCGGGCAUCAGGCCAGUCCAUCCAAUGGAGCCAACGCUGGGCGAGACUCGUUCUUGAACUACUUCUUCGGCAAGGAAAAUGGCGCAAACGCGAGCGCUCUGCCAGGGCAGCCGGCUGCUGGAAGCACACGACAUGUCAGCCAGAACAACGAGCCCAGUAUCAGUGCCAGCUUCCGAAGAGGCGAUACUCGACCAGUGGUGCCUAUUCCUGAGAUUGUGGCUUUUGACGAUACACCUCACGAGGAGAACCCUCUGGACGAUCCAACCGGUCCUGCACUAACAGAACGCGAAUCUCUCGAAACAGAACUCAUCCGCCGACUCAUCAGCAACUACUUCAACAUCGUCCGCGAGACCAUUGCUGACCAAGUACCCAAAGCCGUCAUGCAUCUCCUCGUCAACCACUCCAAAGACGUCGUACAGAAUCGGCUGGUCUCGGAAUUGUACCGCGAAGCUUUGUUCGAAGAACUCUUGUACGAAGACGAUGGUGUACGAGAGGAGCGCGAAAAGUGCGAGAAGUUGCUCAGCACGUAUAAGGAGGCCAGCAAGAUUAUCGGAGAGGUGCUAUGA